AUGAAGUGCUUCACCACCCUCCUCACCAUCGCCUCUCUGGCCACCUCUGCCCUGUCCGGCGUGGCCCUACCUUUAGACUCCCGAGAUACCUCACCGGCGGGCCUCCACGGCAACAUGAUAGAUCUCAAAACGCUCGAAGCACGCUCCGCAAUGCCCUCGUACCUAGACGAGCGAGGCGUCCCAAUCGGCUGCCUCGCCAACGUCUUCGCGCUCCUAGUCAUCAACCGCGUCGGCCGCAUCGAUAUCCAAGAUCAAAUCAACAACCUCAACACGUGGCGCCGAGAUUUCAACAACAACAUCAACGUCAACCUCGACUUUACCCAAUCUUUCGAGCCCUUGCGCUUCGUCCGAUAUUCUAUAAGGAAUACUUCGCAAUUCAUUUCCAAUGCGCUUAUUCUUAGCAACUACAGAGAUACUGCUGUUGGCACCCCGAGGGAGACGAUUCGUAUCCCGAUUCCGCGCGCCGUGGGACUGGCUAUUGGGACACCGGCGCCGAGCACUAUUAAUUAG